CCAGUAUAAUCGUUACGAAUUGCAUUAUUGUCCACCGUCUCCCUUGUCUUCCCUCCCUCCCUCCCUCCCUCUCCCUCUCUCUGGCGCACUUUUUUUCUCGGGUUCCUGCGAUUUAUUAGGGUUUUCUGCUUCCUCGCGUUCUUCAGGGUCGUGGAAAAAACACACAAAUUCUCUUAUCUUGUUGGGGGUAAAAGAAAAAGAAAAAGAAAAAGAAAUCUCUUAUCUUUUCAGUCAAUUGACGAUUGUUCAACCUUGGAAAGAUUACCUUUUGUGUUCUUCAAAAAUUCAUCAGAGCUCUCUGGGUGUUGCAAUUUCGGAACCUCUGCUAAAUCGGCUAAAACAGCAGGGACGGUGUAUUUGGAUCCUUUGAACCACCCCCAAAAGCUGUUCUACAACACCCGUGGUCCUUUUUUGACUCUAUUUAGAGCCCUGGACUGAAGAUGCGAACAAUUUUUCACAAUGUUCGACGAUUUCGAUCGGCUUUCCGGCAUCAAGGAGAUAAUAUCUUGAGUGGGUUACGGAGAAGAGAAUAUUAUUGGGCAAAUAGAAGAUUUGGGUCCACCUACAACCUCUCCUUCAACGCUGAAAUUUAUAGAUAUACUCAUCCGUCUCAUAGGAUCUCUAGAGCUCUUUUUGCUGACGCUGCUAAAGUAACCAAUGAAGAUUUAAGCAGAGCUGGGCCUCUGGUCGAGUAUGAGCGUAGAAUUUCCGUAGGUGAUCUUGUGGAUGGCGAUAGUUGUCAGGUAGAUACCUUAAGAGAACUUCAGAGACUAUAUGAUGAGCUUGUUGGGUCAGCUGAUGCCUGCCGGUUAGAUCGGUAUGCAGCUUCUGAGAAAGCUAGCAGGAGUAGGUGGUUGUGGUCCCGCUUCAUUCCUCAGUCUUCAUACUCGCCCGUGAAAGGACUUUAUCUUUAUGGGGGAGUAGGCACUGGGAAAACUAUGCUGAUGGACUUAUUUUUCGAUCAAUUGCCCUGCAGCUGGAGGAUAAAGAGGAUUCAUUUUCAUGACUUCAUGUUAGAUGUCCACAGCCGCUUGCAAAAGCAUAGGGGUGUGGCAGAUCCCCUCGAAGUUGUUGCUGGGGAGAUAUCUGAUGAAUCAAUUUUGCUAUGUGUUGACGAAUUUAUGGUGACUGAUGUUGCUGAUGCAUUGAUACUGAACCGUUUGUUUAGUCAAUUAUUUAGCAAUGGCAUGAUUCUUGUUUCUACUUCAAAUCGUGCUCCAGACAAACUUUAUGAAGGUGGACUACAGAGAGAUCUUUUUCUACCAUUUAUUUCAACUUUGAAGGAAAGAUGCGUGGUUCAUGAAAUUGGUUCAUCGACAGACUAUCGAAAACUGACUUCGGCCCAGCAAGGUUUCUACUUCACUGGGAAAGAAUCGUCUGCCCUUUUGAAGAAAAAGUUUGAACAGUUAAUUGGGAAACAUGCAGCUGGUCCACAAGAAGUGGAAGUUGUAAUGGGCAGAACAUUGCAGGUUCCUCUGGGUGCCAACGGAUGCGCGUAUUUCCCUUUUGAAGAACUCUGUGAUAAACCACUUGGUGCUGCAGACUAUUUUGGAUUGUUCAAGAGAUUUCACACACUGGCUUUGGAAGGUGUACCAAUUUUCGCGCUCCACAACAGGACAGCAGCAUAUCGGUUUGUCACUCUAGUUGAUGUGAUGUAUGAGAACAAAGCAAGAUUUUUGUGUACUGCUGAGGGGUCCCCUUUUGAACUUUUCCAAAGGAUUGUGACCAUCUCUGAUGCUCAACAAAUGGCACCCAGAACCUCUUCAAGAUCAAGGAAAACUGAUGAUAUGGACCUUUGCGUAGACAAUGAAUUGGGGUUUGCGAAAGAUCGCACCAUCAGUAGAUUAACAGAGAUGAAUAGCAGUGAGUACUUAGAGCAGCACGCUGCCAUGUUAGCUGAAAAGCAUCCAUCAUCGGAACAUGGCAGUGAGAAUGCCUUACAGGCGUGAGAGAGGAAGAAACUCGACUAUUUGUCCAAUGCCUGUGGACCACUGUUGUUAGUAACCUUUUCUUUGUCUUUUUUCUUUUUUGUGGAAGAGCAAGAAAUACAUUAAUAAUAAUAAAAUGGAAGAAUAAUGUUGUUAGUAACAUUGUAUGUCACACAUUUACUAGGUUCAGCUCCCUUCACCGGGAUUUUUGAGCCGGACGAUGUAUUGAUAAGUUUACUAGGUUCAGCUCCCUUUGCGGGGAUUUUUGUGCCGGACGAUGUAUUGAGAAGUGGGGAGUAGAUAAUUUCUUAGUUGAAUAAAUUUUAUGAUUUUUUAAAUUUUCAACCUAA